CUCCGGUAGCAAACGGGCCACCAUGGCGGAACCCAGAGCUCGUGCCGCUCGGCACAAGGGGCAGAUGAACUUUUCUAACGAGUUGCGCUUACUUCUCCUGGCUUACGGUGAUCCUCAGCCGCACCCAUCUUACCCUGCCGAACCGCUUCCUGAGACCGUCCGCGUGCUUGACGAGAUCGUCACGGAUUUCAUCCUCGAGAUGUGCCACGAGGCAGCACAGUAUGCAAGUUACGCCCGCCGGCAGAAGAUUAAGGUUGACGACUUCCGAUUUGCGCUGCGCCGGGAUCCGAACAAGCUUGGUCGUGUGCAGGAGCUACUACGGAUGGAACGCGAGCUCAAAGAGGCGCGCAAGGCCUUCGACCAGAAUGAUGACCAAGUCGCCAAUCUGAAAGAUGCAGGUAAAAAGGGCCUUGGAGACCCCGGGGAGAGCGUCGACGGCGCCCCGGGGGCAAAGAAGACGAAAGGGAAGAGUAAGCGCGGGGCUCGUCGCGAUUCGGACGCUACUGAGGAUAACGCCCCCAAGAAGCGGAAGGUUGUUGUUUGA